CCCGCCCCUGACGUCACUUCCUCUCCGGCCCCUGCUCAGUCGAUAAGGAAACCCGGACGCCGGCGUCGCUCUCUUUUUUUUUCAGGCGGCCGGCAAGAUGGCGGAUAUCCAGACCGAGCGCGCCUACCAGAAGCAGCCGACCAUCUUCCAGAACAAGAAGAGGGUCCUGCUGGGGGAGACGGGCAAGGAGAAGCUCCCGCGCUACUACAAGAACAUUGGGCUGGGCUUCAAGACGCCCAAGGAGGCCAUCGAGGGCACCUACAUCGAUAAGAAAUGCCCGUUCACCGGAAACGUCUCCAUCCGGGGCAGGAUCCUGUCUGGCGUGGUGACCAAGAUGAAGAUGCAGAGAACCAUCGUCAUCCGCCGCGACUACCUGCACUACAUCCGCAAGUACAACCGCUUCGAGAAGCGCCACAAGAACAUGUCGGUGCACCUGUCGCCCUGCUUCCGGGACGUCCAGAUCGGCGACAUCGUCACGGUGGGCGAGUGCCGGCCGCUCAGCAAGACCGUGCGCUUCAACGUGCUCAAAGUCACCAAGGCCGCCGGCACCAAGAAGCAGUUCCAGAAGUUCUGAGGCCCGCGCCCGCCCGCUCCCCAGACAAAUAAAGCGAUUUUCCCACUCGCUC